AUGAAGCCAUUGCUCGGCACUGCCGUCGUGUUUAUCCUUUUAUUUUCAGCAGCAUUAGGUUUACUAUCAUCUUCGUGCAGUAAACAUGGUAAUGUUUGUCGGCAAAAUGCUGACUGCUGUGGAGUAGCGGGUCAUCGUAUAGUAUGUGCUCCAAGUUUAGAAAUAUGCGGCAAGAAAAUAUGUUGUGUUACUGAAGUUGAAGAACAACAAGAACGACAAGCAGCUGUUCUGCGAAAUCGAAACCCAAGUCCUAAACGAUUGUUGCAAAUGUUGCUUGAUGAAUAUGAAAACUAA